UUUGUGUGUGGAGUGGGGAAUUUCGCGGUGGUGGGGUCGGGGUUAUCCCCACAAGAAAAUGUACUCCCACUCUCGCCUUCCCGCUUCUUCUUGAAUCUCGUCUGCUAAAAAGUCAGAGAGAUAGAGAGAGAAAGAAGGAGAGUGAAAGAAAGUAGAGAGAGAGAGAGAGAGAGAGAGAAGGGGAGGAAUGCGAAAGAGCUUCUUCUCCGGACAUGGACACCCCAGAGAAGAACCAGAUCGGGACACCCAUAUCUAAAUUCGAGGAUUCCCCUGUCUUCAACUAUAUCAACAGUCUUUCUCCUAUCAAGCCAGUGAAGUCCAUUCAUAUUACUCAGACGUUCAACCCACUUAAUUUUGCAUCUCUUCCAUCUGUUUUCACUUCACCCCAUGUCAAUUCUCACAAGGAAUCUAGGUUCCUGAAAAGGAAAACCUGUUUAGAUGGAUCUAAACCUGAGUUUUCUUCUGGAAAUGGGAAUAAAAUCUGUACAAAUGAAGGAAUCGGUAUGGAUGGGGCUCAGUUGUUUGUUAACUCAGCUGAGCUACAGGAAACCUUUGAUCCAGAGGUUUCACUUGGAGAAAAUUCUGUUCAGGCGUCUACUGAACAUUCAAAGUUUGUGAUUGAGCUUCCUUGUACUUUAAAGUAUGAUUGUGGUAGUCCUGACUGUGACCCACCACCUCUUUGUGGCACCGAGACAGGCUGUGUGUCGGAUUUGGUUGGCAAGUCGGCAUUACUUGUUCAAAAUGAUCAAGAGGCCUCCAAAAAGGUUUCGUCUGAAGAUGAAAUGCAUCUAUCUGAGAUGUGCCGAACUGGCCAAAAGAUAGAAGGGAUGGAAGGUGAUUGGGAGAGUUUGAUUUCUGAUGUCAGUGAUCUAUUGAUCUUUACUUCUCCUACUGACUCGGAAGCUUUUAAGGAGCUGAUUGAGAAAUCAAUGGAUCCCAUGACAAGAUUUUCCACUUCUCUUAUGUCACAACUCCAGCAAAUUGACAUCAAUGAUGAGCAGAUGCAAAUUGUUGAUCCAACUGGUUCUGGCAAACAGCAUGAAAUCAACAAUCCUUCUGCUGAAACUGGAGAAGCCAGCGAGCUUCAGGAAAUAGAGCAGACUAAGGAUGCCACAGCUGAUAAUUUGAAUAAGGGUAUGUCUAGCAAUACAAGUGAGCAAAUGAAUAGUGGGGUGGCAACAUGCAUUCCAUAUGCUUCUAAGGCUGUCUCUAAUUUGUACCGUGGUAUGCGAAGGCGCUGCCUUGAUUUUGAGAUGGUGGGAGCUCAUAGGAAGAACUUAGGUGACGCUUCGAAUCUUAGUUCUUCUAUGCUAUUGCAAUCUGAUGAGAAGAUUGCCUGUUAUGAUAAGCAGCUGGUCCCAAUUAAACCUAGUGGGGAUUCCUCUCGGUGCAUUCUACCUGGAAUUGGUUUGCACUUAAAUGCUCUUGCAACAAAUUCAAAGGAUCACAAAAAUGUAAAGCAUGAAAGUUUGUCCUCUGGAAAACAAUUGUAUCUACCCAGCUCAACUGCUUCCCUUAACUCCCCUACAAACAGUCAAGAACCUCUUCGUAUAUCCUUGACUUCAGUCUCUUCUUCUGAGAGAGACACAGAACUUGCUGAAAAUGGGAUUUCUCAUGUAGAAGAUGUGUCUCAGGGAUCAGCAUAUUUAGUUAGUGAUGAGUUUAAUCAGAAUAGCCCCAAAAAGAAGAGGCGCAGGUUGGAACAUGCUGGAGAAAGUGAGUCCUGCAAGCGUUGCAACUGUAAGAAAUCAAAGUGUUUGAAACUUUACUGUGAAUGCUUUGCUGCUGGUGUUUACUGCAUAGAGCCAUGUUCAUGUCAAGAAUGCUUCAACAAGCCUAUUCAUGAAGACACCGUUCUUGCAACUCGUAAACAGAUCGAGUCCCGCAAUCCUCUAGCGUUUGCUCCAAAAGUGAUUAGGAGCUCUGAAUCUGUAACCGAAAUUGGGGAUGAAUCCAGCAAAACCCCUGCUUCGGCACGACAUAAAAGGGGAUGCAACUGCAAGAAAUCAAAUUGCCUCAAGAAAUACUGUGAAUGCUAUCAGGGUGGAGUUGGAUGCUCCAUUGGCUGCAGAUGUGAAGGGUGCAAGAAUGCGUUUGGUAGAAAGGAUGAGUCUGCUCCAAUGGGUGUAGAAGCUGACCAAGAAGAAGAAACAGAUGCAUGUGAAAAUAGCGUCAUGGACAAGGCUUUACAGAAAUCAGACAAUCAGAACAAUGAAGAGCAGAAUCCAGCUUCAACUCUUCCUACAACUCCAUUACGGCUUAGCAGACCGGCGCUUCCACUUCCGUUUUCUUCAAAUUGCAAACCGCCAAGAUCUUCAUUUCUUACUGUGGGGUCUUCUUCUGGAUUAUAUACCAGCCAAAAAUUUGGAAAGCCAAAUAUUCUCCGAUCCCUACCCAAGUUUGAGAGGCAUUCCAAAACGGUCCCUGAAGAUGAAAUGCCAGAGAUUCUGCGUGGCAACACCUCUCCUAAUACUGGCAUCAAGUCUGCUUCUCCUAAUAGAAAGAGGGUCUCUCCCCCUCAUAGUGGUUUUGGGUCAUCUCCUAGUCGCCGGAGUGGCCGGAAGCUAAUAUUACAAUCAAUUCCUUCGUUUCCUUCUCUCACUCCCAAGCACUAAAUUGUUUAAUUCCGUAUAAAAUUCAAAUUAUAUUGUUCCAAUCUUUUUUUUUUUUUCUGUUGAAAUAUAUCUUUGUCAAGUUCAUGUCCCAUCUUAGCCCGCCUUGCUUACCUGUGUAAUAAUGUAAUCUUGACCUCAUAACGCAUACUAUUGUAAAAUAUGUUAUUGUAGUUCAUUGCUUUUCUUUUU